AUGGCCCCGGGAGGAAUCCUGCUCAGCUGUCUGCUGCUCCUGGGGCUGCUGCUGGGCCUCAGUUGGGGCCCCACUGCUCUGGGGUCCCCAGUGGUGGAGUCUGGAGAGUUCUGGGCUGAACACAUAGCAGAAGCCGGAGGGACCCAGAGGCCGAGGCUGGGUGCCCGCCUGCGCCGAGCUGCGGCCGGCCCGUGCCAGUUGCGGAGCCUGACCCUGCCGGUGGCCGAGCUGGGCCUGGGCUAUGCCUCGGAGGAGAGGGUGGUCUUCAGCUACUGCGCCGGCAGCUGCCCCCGCGGCGCCCACACCCAGCACGGCCUGACGCUGGCCCGGCUGUGGGGCCAGGGCCGUGCCCAAGGCGGGCCCUGCUGCCGGCCCACCCGCUAUGCAGACGUGGCCUUCCUCGACAACCGCCACCGCUGGCAGCGGCUGGUCCAGCUCUCGGCGGCCGCCUGCGGCUGUGACUAA